AUUCAUCGUAAGCAACGUCAAAUUUCAGCGCCUGUCAUUUUCCUCUCAACAACUUCUUCUACCGUCUUUCUCACGGUUCCUUCUUCUCCACUAUCGAAAUACUCGUCCUUAAUCCGAAUCUCCAUCCAAAACUCGCCCGAUUUUCUUUUUUCCUCCCGGUUACUCGCCGGAGAUGGAGAGGAAGGCUCUGCUGGUCUGUUCUGUGGUUACUAUUUUGGGAAUUUUGAUGGUCGCCACUGGCUUCGCCGCUGAGGCCACAAGAACUAAGUUGAAUCAUGUCACUAUAGUCGCUCCUAAUAUGUGCAAAUAUCCCCGAAGUCCUGCAAUGGGCCUUGGUUUGACAGCCGCUCUAGCGCUUUUGUUUGCUCAAAUAAUGAUGAAGGCUUUGACGGGAUGCAUUUGUUGCCUUAGGGGUCCUCGGCCUCCCGCUUCUAAAUGGAGAACAGCUGUGAUCUGCUUUACCAUUUCGUGGAUUGCAUAUGUGAUUGCAAUUCUCCUGUUUCUCACUGGUGCCGCGCUGAACAGUGGAUGGGGUGAACGAAGCAACCAUUUCGGUUCUUACGAGUGCUAUGUUCUGAAACCGGGAGUUUUUGCUUUUGCUACCAUUGCGGGUGCUGCAAGUUUAGCUCUGGGAUUGUUCUACUUCCUCAUAUUGAACUCUGCAAAGAAUGACCCUUCUACUGUGUGGGGCAAUCCUGCCGUUCCUCCUCAAGCAAACAUUGCAAUGGCGCAGCCACAGUUCCCGCCUCCGCCUGCACCGAGAACUACAGACCCCGUAUUUGUUCACGAAGACACAUACAUGAGACGACAAUUCACAUGAUCAGUUAAAUGUAGGUUCAUAACAAAUGCGUUUAAGAAAACCAUAAAACCAUACCACUUGAUUGAUGUAACUUUUGAAACCAGGGAUUGAAGGUGAACAAAAUAUGUUCGCUCUGUAGAAAAUAGCUGUUUUGGAGUUGUACAGGCUCUCUCUCAUACAGAAACUGAAUUGAAUUUGUGAAAGGAGGUGUCAUUUUAUUUGCCUUUUAUCUAAGGGAAGUGAAUAAAUUGUAAUGUAAUAAAAUGUGUAUCCACGCGUUAUUUGUACUACAAAUUUUGUAGUAGGAAGCGGUGGUUUAAUCC